AUGGCAAUGUCCAUGCGGCUUCAUGCUGGCUGCCUGCUUGUGUCAUGCAUCCUCACAUCCUCCAUGCGGCCACAGUUGCAGAUGAGGUCUCGUCAAGUUAUAUCCAUGCUACACAAACAGCUCACUCAUCACCAGCUCCUCUCCAUCAUGGCUGAAGCCAAAGAGGAUUUCCAAGCCGUGAUGCUAGAUAUUGAGUCCGACGACGAUGAGAACACAGACAACGACCAGGCAAACGGCAAUGGUGAUGCCGCUGAAGUGAAUAACCCCGCAACAAUGGAGGAACAGAUGAUGCAGAAGCGCAUCAUGGAUGUGGACGCUGCCCCCACGCCCGUUGCCGAGUUACGCUCGGGUCUCAAAUACGCGCAAGACUCGUCAUCAAAGUCCUCCUUGACGGUCUUGCAGCUCCACCACUGCAUCCAGGAGCUGGAGGACGAGCUUGCCGCCUCAAAGUCGAAGCCGAAAAAGAAUUCUAUCGAGUCCAAAGUUGUCACCAUUGGUCGCAUAUUCAUCUACCUAUUUCGCCUUAGCGUUCCCGACUACCUCUUCCCCCUUCGCAAUGUGGAGCCCCUUGAUCCUUGCCACCCACAGCGGUUUCAGAGCCCUGCCAAACUAUGGCGCUGUCUGGUUACUGAAUUUGUCAAGUUUCUAUCCCCGGACCUUCGCAAAGCUGUUUCCAGCUUUCCAAACUUUCAGUUGAAACACCAAAAAUCAGAUCCCGCACAUCUCAACGAACUCGACAUUGGUGGCGCUGGUCUCUCAUCUGCAGAGAAGCUUGCGAAGGAUGCCAAGGUCAAGUGGCUCCUGGGCAAUCCCUUCAAAAACAACAACAAAGACAAGGUGCCCAAUGAGAGCGCCGACACUGAGGAGAGCGAGCAGCAGAAGGAUUUGGAGGCUGAUGCUGUCCCCACCUUUCCAAGAAUCUUAUUCCAAGACCCCGAUUUCCCUGACUUCGAUGAGCUUUUUAGGCAGGAUUUGUUACUCAAGGCAGCUCUAUUUGGGCCAACCACGUUAACCGGUUGUACCAGCACAGGCAGACCAAGGCUGAAAGCUCAGAGGUGGGGCAUCAAAGGCACCACUCCGGGCCUUAUUGCCACCAUAGCGGUUUUGGUGUUACAUUGCCUCACCCCGGAUAACGAGUUCGGCUCCCCAGCGCCUCGUAAACCAAUUGAAUGCGCCAACUCCCUUUGCAACAAGCUCCAGACCCGCGCCACCUCAUCUGAUCCCAGAUGCUCCGAUGUCACUCCUGCUGAGGACAGCUCUGUAUCUGCUGUGGCUGCUGCUCUUUGUCAGAUGUUGAUCUUGGGCGUGAACACGCCAGCCAUUACCUCUCGCACUGCCUUAUCCGCAUUGAGGUCCAUGCCCCAGCAACCUGCCUUGAGCUCUGCGUUGGCGGCUCCCUGCAAGAGUGCUCCCACGCUGGCUGCAGCCCCUGCUGUGCCUCAGCCCGAUGUUCUCGCCACCAAACUGGCCCGCAAAACCCGUCAAACAGCAAGAACACCUGAGGCUGAAGGUCAGGAACAGCAGCUGGAGGUUGCCGAGAUGGCAAAGCGCAGUGGUAGAUGCACUCAGGGUAAUCAGUAG